AUGGUUUUGGAAGAGCUGAACUCAGUGCAUUAUAAAGUCACCAGCAUGGUGACUGAAGUUCCUCCUGUUGCCAGCAUCGCAAUCCUGCUGCUCACUGGUUUCUUCUUUGUUUGGAAUUAUAAAAACACAUCCUCAAUACCAGGUCCUGGCUAUUUUCUGGGAAUUGGGCCCCUCAUUUCCUACUGCAGGUUCCUCUGGAUGGUCGGCAGUGCCUGCAAUUAUUACAAUAAGACAUAUGGAGAAUUCAUGAGCUGGAUAUAUGGAGAGGAAACUGUCAUUAUUAGCAAGUCCUCAAGUGUGUUCCACGUAAUGAAGCACAAUCACUACACAUCCCGAUUCGGCAGCAAACUUGGGUUGCAGGGCAUUAGCAUGCAUGAGAAAGGCAUCAUAUUUAACAAUAAUCCAGUCCUCUGGAAAGCUGUUAGAACUUACUUUAUGAAAGCUUUGUCUGGCCCCGGCCUGGUGCGCAUGGUGACCGUCUGUGCUGAUUCCAUCACCAAGCAUCUGGACAGGCUGGAGGAGGUCCGCAAUGAGUUGGGCUAUGUGGAUGUGUUGACCCUCAAGCGGCACAUCAUGCUGGACACCUCUAACAAGGUCAUUCUUGGGCUCACAUUUUUGCUCAUCUGCUCUGAUCUUUUUGUUUUUCCAGAAAGAGCCAUCGUGGUUAAAAUCCAGGAUUAUUUUGAUGCAUGGCAAGCUCUCCUUCUCAAACCAGACAUCUUCUUUAAGAUUUCUUGGCUAUGCAGAAAGUAUGAAAAGUCUGUCAAGGAGCUGAAAGAUGAAAUGGAAAUUCUGGUAGAAAAAAAAGACGCAGGAUUUUCACAGCAGAGAAACUGGAAGACUAUGGAUUUCGCCACAGAGUUGAUUUUGGCUGAGAAACGUGAUGACCUGACAAGAGAGAAUGUGAACCAGUGCACAUUGGAAAUGCUGAUCGCAGCGCCGGACACCAUUUCCGUCUCUGUGUUCUUCAUGCUGCUUCUCAUUGCAAAGCACCCCCAGGAUGAAGAUGCAAUACAGAAGGAAAUCCAGACUGUUGUUGGUGAAAGAGACAUAAGGAUUGAUGAUAUGCAAAAACUAAAAGUGGUAGAAAACUUUAUUUAUGAGAGCAUGCGGUACCAGCCUGUCGUAGACCUGGUCAUGCGCAAAGCCUUAGAGGAUGAUGUCAUCGAUGGCUACCCAGUGAAAAAGGGGACUAACAUUAUCCUGAAUAUUGGAAGAAUGCAUAGACUCGAGUUUUUCCCCAAGCCCAAUGAAUUUACUCUUGAAAACUUUGCCAGGAAUGUUCCUUACAGGUACUUUCAGCCAUUUGGCUUUGGGCCCCGGGCCUGUGCGGGAAAAUACAUUGCCAUGGUGAUGAUGAAGGUCACCCUGGUCACACUUCUGAGACGCUUCCACGUGCAGACAUUGCAAGGUCAAUGUGUUGAAAACAUGCAGAAGAAAAAUGACUUAUCCUUGCACCCAGAUGAGACCAGCGACCUGCUGGGAAUGAUUUUCAUCCCAAGAAAUUCAGACAAGUGCCUCGACCACUAA